AUGAAUGAAGAUAUUUAUACUCAAUGGAGUUUUUAUAUUCAACCAAUAAUAAUUCUAUUUGGAACAGUUGGGUCUUUACUAAAUCAAAUAUUAUUUCAUCGAAGAAAAUCAUUACGAACAGCAUCAUGUUCACUUUAUUUUCGUUCAUUAUCAAUAAAUGAUCUUCUUGUUUUAUAUAUUAUUGUAUUAUCACAAUGGCUUAAUGAUCAAUUUCAUUUCGAUUUAACAAUAAAAUAUUUAUGGUAUUGUAAAAUUCAAACAUAUACUACGUAUUGUUUAUAUGCCAUAUCACCAUAUUUUCUUGUUUUGGGAUGUUUUGAUCGUUUAUGUCGAACUUCAAGACAUAUUCAAUUAAGACAUAUAGCAACUGUAAAUAUGGCUCGUCAAAUAAGACAAAUUAUAAUUAUAUUAAUAUUUGUUAUUCAUGGUCAUAUUCUGUUUCAAUUUAAUAUCAUUCAUUCAAUGUGUAUACCAAUCAAUAUAUUUUAUUUCCAAUUUUUUGCUUAUUUUCUUCUAAUGUUUCAUUCUCUUUUACCACCAAUAUUAAUGUCAAUAUUUUGUGGUUGUACGUUACUUUUAUUAUAUCGUCGUAGACAAAAACAACAACAUCGAUAUGGAUUAAAUAUACAUUCAUCACAUAAACGUCUUCGUUAUCGAGAUUAUCAAUUAAUAAAAGUCCUUUUUCUCUAUGUUACAACUAAUAUACUAUGUACUCUUCCUUUUGCUAUUGUUUUCUUACAAUAUAUUUAUAAAUAUAACAGUAGUCCGCUAUUGGCUAUAUUCGUUAAAUUUACUGUUCUUCUUGGUAAUUUAAAUUAUUGUUCUAGUUUUUACAUAUAUACACUUGGAACACCAUUAUAUAGACGAGAACUAUUACAUCUAAUAAAAACUUUUAGAUGA